UCCUGCUGCAGGCAGGUUUGCUUUUGACCACAGAGUUUGCACAGUAGCUCAGCUCACCUACGUCUGUCUGUCACAUCCUGCUUUUCAACAAUGAGGUUGCAGGAGCUCCUGCACAUCCAACAAGACGAAUCCAGCGCACUUCAGCUCAGCGUGGGAACCCGAGGCCGAAUUAGAUUUUCAGUGUGGGUUUCCUUCCCACAGGCCUCUGCUCUGAACCAGACUGUGACAUCUGAACCACAAUCUGAGCAGCUGCUGAAGAUUCAGACAUCCUCCAGUCGCUCCACACUCCAGGUGAGCACCGAAGCUCUCGAUGAUGCCUCCUUCCUCCAACUUCAGCGGUGGAGGAUCUGGUGAGGAGAAGCAGUGCAUCGUCAACGACCAGAUGGGACCUUUCGUUGUCCUCUACAUCCUCAUCUUCGUCAUCAGUCUGCCUGGAAACCUGCUGUCCGUGUGGGCCUUCAUCCGCAGCCCCCGAGCCACGCAGCAGAACGCCAGCGUCUACCUGGUCAACCUGCUGGUGGCCGACCUGCUGCUGCUGCUCGCGCUGCCCUUUAAGAUCCUUUAUGACCUCGGGUCGGCGUCGUGGAGCCUUAUGGUGUUCCACUGCCAGGCCAGCGCCGUCACCAUCUACAUCAGCCUCUACGCAUCCAUCGCCUUCCUCGCCUUCAUCAUAAUUGACCGCUACAUGCAGGACUGCCACUCUCUGCGCUCUCUGCGGCUGCAGGAGGUCGGCUUCUCCCGGCUGCUGACGCUGGUCGUCUGGCUGCUGCUGCUGCUCAUCAUGGUGCCCAACAUGGUUCUGCCCACUCAGGAAGUAAAGGAGCAGCGGUACCUCAGCUGUUCAUCUCUGAAGACGGACAUCGGCCUCCACUGGCACGCCCUGACCAUCUUCCUCUGCACGGCUCUGUUCCUCAACGCCUCCAUCGCCGUGCUCGUCUCCUGCGGUCUGGCUCUCAAAAGACUCCUGGGCAGUCGCAAGGAUCCCAAACUCUGGGUCGACGCCAGGCAGGCAGCGGGGAAUGUGACGGCCGUGGCGUUGGCCUACAUUGUCAGCUUCGUGCCCUACCACGUCGUCCGGACGCCGUACACGUUGGCCCAGACCAAAGUCAUCACAGACUGCCAGACCAGGAGGCAGCUGUUUCUGGGGAAGGAGUGGACGCUGCUGCUGAGCGUGCUGCACCUCUGCUUCGACCCCCUGCUCUUCUUCUACCUCUACGCGCCGUUCAGACAGACGAUCUGCAGGAUGUUCCCCUGCUGCAGAAACCAGUCAGUCGGCGAGGCAGAGGAACAGGCUGCGGAGGAAAUGAUGCAACCUACAACUUCUGUGCAGCCGGAGGAUGCUUUCUAGACACAGAGAUGCUGUUUGUAAAGCAGGGAUUCACACACAUUCAUGCCAAAGAUCACCUCAAUAAACAAAGACCGGAAGCAGAGAAACUACAAACACACCUUUCAACAGCUCCAAAGGAGGACAAAUUCACUGUUUAUUCAUUAUGUAACUGCAUCAUCCUUCUUUUCAGUCUGAUUGUUUUGGUGUUCGUUUCUGAGAAUGAUACAGUAAUAACUGCUUAUAGUGCACAGUACCAAUAGGCUACAGUUAAGAAUAAAAGAAUCAUUCACAAACUCGACCAGAAGACGACUGAAGACAUUUGCAUAGUAGCAGUGGUGCAUGUAUCACACACUGCAAAAACUAAAAUCUAAAUAAGAUUAAUUAUCUUAAUUGAAGGCAAAACAUACUUGUUUUUUGUCUGACAAGAUAUUUCUUCUUACCAGGCGGCUUUUAUGUUGGAGAAUUUCACUUGGUUUAAGUUUUUUUGGCUUUAAGUAGCAAGUGAAAUAUUCUUGUUCUGUUGGCAGAUAAUUUUGCUUAUUUUAAGUAAUAUUUCCCACAUUUUAAUGUUUUUUCGCUUGUUUUUGAGAGCUCACUUUUUGCAGUGUAGGCCUACAUGCUUCUUAUUUAAUGCUCGGCCAAAUAACGAGUGCCAGACCAGAGUAUUAUUCAGGUGGUCUGGCCCAGGGCCCCGAGGCAGGUGCUGUCUGUGGUGCUCGUUAUCUAUGUGUACUCAACCGCACUAAAAACAAUCAGGUUACUGCAGCGGACUGUUCAUUCACAGUUACAUCCAGGCAAGCAAAACAAACAAUAUAACCACAUCAGAAAUCGCACACAGUUAAGUUCAGAGAGAGGAGGAGGAGACAUUUCACUCCCCCUCUCUGAAAAGGAAGUGGUCAAUAACCAAGUUAUAGAAAGUCCUACUGGCUUUUAGUUCCUCCGCAACAACAGAGUCAGUCGAAGUUUGUGCUACCAGCUAGCCUCUCAGUACGGAUCUAGUUUUCCUCGUUGAAUGUCCGAACCCCCUUUUUCCUCUCCACACACAGCUCCAGUUUUGGCGUUGGUCUUCCACCAGAUUUGAUCUUAAAUUGCUGCUGUAGUGGUAGUUUAGUUAAACUAUGAACUCCAAAUCUCCACCCUCCAUAACUGCACCAGCUGCUAACAGCUCCCGUUAUUUCGUCCGAAUGACGCGUGCUGUGAUUUGCUUCACACACAUCCAACGCGCUGCAUUCAGAGGGGCGCUGUUUCACUUACUGUAAGAUAUUAAGAAAUGGGGAAGAGAUGACCACAACAGCACGUAAGAUUUAUCAAAACUAUAAACAUUGGGUUUUUAUUAAAAUGAUAAACGCAGAGGAAGCCUGGCUUCCCUUGGCCUCUGGGAGAAAACUCCACUGAUUGGUUGACAGGUCUGCUAAUACGGUGGCUAAUCAGCUCAUCCCAGGGCGUCAGAUACAAGCGUCACCGUUCAGCGUCCGUCUGAAACGCCCUUUGAAGACGCGGUUCAAAUAAGUAUGUUACAUGACAUCAGGCUCGUAUGUAACGUUAAUCUUUAAAAAACUCAACAUAUGAACAAAAGUAAUGGGACAUCCAUGUCCUACUACUUUUGGUGGGGGCUGUUUUGUGGUGUAGUCUUCGUUAAGGGAAAUCUUAACGCUACAGCAGUUUUCCUGUUUCUAUAUGACAACGUGCACAAAGCCAGCUCCAUAAAGAAAUGGUUUUCCCAGUUUGGCCCACUCAGAGCCCUGACCUUAACCCUAUCCAACGCCUUUGGGAUGAACUAGAACGGAGACCUCCAACAUCUUGUAAGCAAACUUUCCAGAAGAGUGGAAGCUGUUAGAGCUGCAAAGGGGAACCCACUCCGUAUUAAUGCCUGUGGAUUCAGAAUGAGAUGUCAUAAAAGUAAUGUGUAUGUGUCCCAGUAGUUUUGUCCAUAUAGUAAUAUAUAAUUAAUACACAUAUAUAGUGGACUCCUGUACGCAGGAUAAGCGGUUGGCGAUGGAUGGAUGGAUGUAGUGUACUGUAUUUUGAGUUCUGAUUGGUUCAGAAACAGUUAGGUUUGUUUAUAAAUGUGUGACUCAAACUCCUCUUACAAACUGUGAGAGAAAUAAUAAAUGAAGAGUAAAUGAAGUUUAGCGUAUCAUUCUGUGUUUGGACCAGCAGAUGGCAGCAGCGAUCAGCUUUCACAGAGUUCUCCAUCAGAAACUUUGAUGCUUCCUUUCUGCCAUAGGUGUCAUUUACAGCGGGGACGCUGGGGACGCUGGGGACGCUGGGGACGCUGGGGACGCUGGGGACGCUGGGGACGCUGGGGACGCUGGGGACACGUCCCCACCACUUUUUGAAAUGGCUGAUUUUGUCCCCAUAACUUACUAAUUUUUGAAAGCAUUUGUUAAAAUCUUUCUGACAAACAGCUUGCAAUAAGAAAUGUUAAAUAACAAAUGAAAUUGCAUUGAGAAAGGUUUAUUUGCACAAUAAGAAAGCAUGUAAUGUAAUUUAAAUCUAGAGGAAACAAAUGUGCUUUGUCCAGGAAAGUAAUUUAAGCAACAAAAAAAGCUACUUAUUACUGCAUUAUAUUCCAGUAUAUUUUAUUUAUAUUUUGAGUUGUCACCUGCCACCUGAAUUUCGUGUUUUCCUUCCUUCAUAAAUUGGUGAAGACAAUGCAGUAAAUUAAGAGUUUAAUGCUAAAAAUCUUCUGGGGGAGAAACCCAGACCCCCAACUCACAUAUUUUGGCAUCAAAUAUUACUUCAAAAUACUGUUAAAAUAUCUUCUUGUCUUGUUCUCGUGACCAAAGACUUUCCUCACACUCCUGACCUCAGACAUUUUGUCCCACCACUUUUCAACACAAAGUGACGCCAUUGCUUUCUACAACAAAAGUACAACAUGUGUAUAAAUCAUAAUCAUCAAUCUUUUAUUUCAGUAUUUCUAAAUCUUUUAUACAACUUUAUAUCCAUUGUUGUAUUAUCUGUUGUAACGCACCUUGUCGCCAAAACAAAUUCCUUGCAAGUGUAAAAACUACUUGCAAUAAAUGUGUUUCUGAUUGAUUCUGAUCAGACGGCUUUUGAUUGAUUAUAACAAGACAAAUAAUGUUGGUAUUAGAAUCCAAUGCACACAUAUGGAAGCUUCUUCUUAUAAAUACAUACCAACUUAUCAUUUUACAAUGAGAAAUGUUUCUUGAUUUAACAACAUAUAGAUUUUGUGUAAACAUGAAAAUAUGUAAUGAGAAUCUGUUAUAACAAGACACUGAGUAGCAGCUUUAUCCUCAGAGCAAGGUUAUAAACCGGUCACAUGAUCAUGUUCGGAUGUGAUUUAGUUCAGUAAUUUAAUCACAAAAUAAAUGGGUGUUAUUAAAUUCAGG